AUGUUGGUGCAUUAUUUGGAGGGUGAGACUCGUGUUGAAGCUAUUGCACAGGAGUUGCGAGACAGGGACGAAGCAUUACGUCAGCUGAAGUUCAAUUUACAAAAUGCUCAAGAACAAAUGAAGCAUUUUGCUGACAAAAAAAGGAGGGCAGUUCAUUAUGAUAUUGGGGACUGGGUAUUUUUGAAGUCGCGUCCUCACCGGCAGCAUUCUGUGGUUCGUAGAAUCCACCAAAAGCUUUCUCCUCGUUUUUUUGGGCCGUUCCAAAUUAUUCAGAAGAUUGGACAGGUUGCAUACAAACUGCAAUUACCGGUAUCUUCCAAGAUUCAUCCUAUCUUCCAUGUCUCUCAGCUGAAGAAAGCAGUCGGUAAUUACAUUGCUAUUCCAGAGUUACCAGCCAGUUUAGAAACAGACAAGAGAGCCAUCAUUCCGGCUAGGGUGCUGUCUUGGAGGGAUAGAUGGGAGCAGGGUCAACACAAGAGGGAAUGGCUCAUCCAGUGGGAAGGUAUGGAUGUUGGUGAUGCUACUUGGGAAGAAGAGCUCCUGUUGAAGAGUCAAUUUCCAGAUCUUAGCCUUGAGGACAAGGCUAGUGUUGAAGGAGGGGGUGAUGAUAGGAAGGAGGCUGAGACCAUUGAUAAUGAAGGGGAGAUUUUUAAUUACUUGAUAAAUUAUGCAGUUGCAUCUUCUACUGGAGUACUUGGAGUUCUAGCUUUAUUGGCUUGGUUCUUGAGAAGGCGUUUUAUCAGCAACAAAAACUCACCAUACCAAAUAAUUGAGUUGUUUCUGAAAAACCAUGGUCAUCUAGCAGCUAAAAGAUACACUUAUACAGAUAUAAAAAAAGCAACCAAUUCAUUCAAAAACAAACUAGGUCACGGAGGAUACGGAAGUGUAUACAAAGGAAAAUUACAAGAUGGGAGUCUCGUGGCAGUAAAGAUAUUAAGUGAAUCCAACGGUAACGGUGAAGAGUUCAUUAACGAGGUUGCUAGUAUUAGUGUCACUUCUCAUGUUAAUAUCGUUAGUUUAUUGGGAUUCUGUUUAGAAGGUUCGAAAAGAGCUUUGAUAUAUGACUACAUGCCUAACGGAUCACUAGAAAAGUUCAUAAAUGAAGACAAAGAUCCACUAAAGCUAAGUUUUCCAUUGAGUUGCAAUACUAUCUACAAUAUUGCAAUAGGCGUUGCUCGAGGAUUAGAGUAUUUGCACAAGGGUUGCAAUACUAAAAUCUUGCAUUUUGAUAUAAAACCUCAUAAUAUAUUGCUAGAUGGUGAUUUUUGUCCUAAAAUUUCAGAUUUUGGACUUGCAAAAGUAUGUGCGAGAAAAGAAAUGUUCUCUAGAAAUUUCGGUUCAGUUUCUCACAAGUCUGAUGUAUAUAGCUAUGGAAUGAUGGUUUUAGAAAUGGUUGGUGGAAAACACAAUAACAAUAUGGUUGAUGAUGAACGGUCGAGUGAAAUUUAUUUUCCACACUGGAUUUACAAGCGCCUUGAGCUGAAUCAAGAACCUAGACUGCAGAGUAAUAAUAAUAAAUUUGAUAAACAAAUUGUUCGAAAGAUGAUUAUAGUAAGCUUAUGGUGCAUCCAAACUGAUCCAUCCCAUAGGCCUGAAAUGAGUAAAGUAGUAGAAAUGAUGGAAGGUAGCUUGGAAUCUUUGCAAAUACCACCAAAACCUUUCCUGUCUUCACCUCCUAGGCCUCCCUCAGAAUCAUCGGAUUGUAACACUUACACUUACACAUCUCAUGAUUGGUAUCCUUCAGGCACACUCCAUAGUCCAUACCACUGA